AUGACCACAAACCAAAAAAUACUGAAAGAUAGUGACCAACCUAAUGAAAAGGAAAAUAAAGAUUGGAUCAGCAUCUCUCAGAAAAAAGAAAAUGAUGUCAUACUGAACAAUUCGUACGUUGUUAAAUACGUGCCCAACCUGAAAAUGUUGAACGGGGGAAACUUGAAUCCUAACAUGGCCGCCUCCGAAAUUAAAAAUUUUUUAAUGAAAGAUUUUUCGAAUGUGACCAUCAACGUUAACCAUGAACCACAAAAAGCAGAAGUAGUCAGUGGAACAUUUUAUUUGGUUGUCAACUCGAAAAAUAAAUUGGUGGCUCCAAUCGAAUUUUAG